UAGAGUGCGGACGGACGCUGCUGGGCUUCUCGUCCCGCCGCUGUGCCGCAGCUCGGUCCUGCUGCGCGUCCAUCUCGACGACAAGCACCACCUAGCCAACCGUAGCCUCCGCCCAGCCCUUCACCAUGGUGGCCGACAACCUGGGCGUGGUGCUGCACGAGAAGAAUGAUGUCCGGAUGGAGGCGCUGCCGAUGCCGCAGGCCGGCGCCGGUGAGGUCGUCGUCGCCAUUGACACCGUCGGCAUCUGCGGCUCCGACGUCAGCUACGUCACCAAGGGCCGCAUCGGCGACUUCGUGCUGCGCAAGCCGAUGGUGCUGGGCCACGAGGCGAGCGGCGUCGUGCACGCACUGGGAGAGGGCGUUACGUCGCUAAAGGUCGGCGACCGCGUGGCCAUCGAGCCAGGCGUGCCGUGCCGCCGCUGCGACCACUGCAAACGCGGCACGUACAACCUCUGCGCGGACGUGUUCUUCUGCGCCACGCCGCCGGAUGACGGCAACCUGUGCCGCUUUUACAAGCACGCGGCCGACUUCUGCCACCGGCUGCCGGCCAGCGUGUCGCUGGAGGAGGGCGCGCUGAUGGAGCCGCUCUCUGUGGGCGUGCACGCGUGCCGCCGCGCCGGCAUCACGGCCGGACAGCGCGUGCUCGUCUGCGGCGCCGGCCCGAUCGGGCUCGUCAACCUGCUGGUGGCACGCGCGAUGGGCGCCACGGAGGUGGUCGUCACCGACAUCUCGGCCGGAAGGCUGGAGCUGGCGGCCCGGCUCGGCGCGCAGCACACGCUGCUCGUCGACAGCAAGGACGCGGAGGCGCUGGCCGGCCGCGUGGCGGAGCUGCUCGGCGGCCGGCAACCGGACGUUACAAUCGAGUGCAGCGGCGCCGAGGCCAGCAUCCGGCUGGGCAUCUUCGCCACGCGCUCCGGCGGCAUGAUGGUGCUGGUCGGCCUCGGCCCGGCCGAGGUGACCGUGCCGAUCGUGAACGCCGCCGUGCGUGAGGUCGACAUUCGCGGCAUCUUCCGCUACGCCAACUGCUACCCGGCGGCGAUCCAGCUGGUGGAGGCGGGCUUGGUGGAUGUGAAGCCUCUGAUCACUCACCGCUUCCAGCUGGAGCAGUCGGUGCAGGCCUUCGAGACGGCACGCACCGGAGCCGGCGGCGCCGUCAAGGUGCUGAUCAAGUGCGGCGAGCAGUGACGCGGCGCCCGGCCGCGGACGACGGAAGCGGCGCAGGCGAGUUUGCCGGCGGGGGCGGGCGGUAGAUGCAUGCUGUAGAAUGGCGCGGCGCUGCAGGGACCAGGCGGCGAACCCCAGGCGCCGGGUUCGCCAUGUACUUCAGCGGCAGCAGUUUUACAGCUUCUCCAGCGACAUGAAGUACGUCGUGUGGAACGUUUUUAGUCUCAGAGGAGUCGCUCGCUUGAUUGUAGACAUUGUGGUAACAAAAAUCGUGAUCGAGCAUGUGGUAACUGCAUGUGUAAAAUUGUCCUUAUUUUUAUCACAGCAUAUUUUUAUCACACUCACUUUAGAGGUGUCGCACUACCACGCCUCGGCGGUCAAAGUUCCCCGGUUGCAAUGGCCGACCAGCCCCGAGGCAGAAGUUCAGAAUUGCCACGCGUGGGUACGCGACUGGUGAAGGUCAGUAUGGCUCAGGUUCACACGCUGUGGCGGGUAGCGGACAGCCGUGUUGGUGUGGCGGUUCCGGACGGGCGUGCGGAAGUUCCGCGAACAGUCCCGGCCAUCGUCAAACCGAGAACACUUUGGUGAAGGGGGAUGAUGGGCGGCGGGCCAGCAGGAGGAACCUUCGGAAACGGGAGGUACGGGCGGCACCGCGGUAUGGCUGAACCCGGCCGCUUGCAAUCAAUUGUCGUGGAAGACCGGGACGCCUCCUCUUCUGUGGUCAGCGACGAUGGAAACUAUUCUCGAAUGCGUGUUGGUGCUGGGUGGGAGGCGCCUGAUGGUACAAUACAAGUGAAGAUCACUAGC